CAGCAGUCUUCAUGUAAUUACAUUCCUCCUGGCGUCUCCCGGCUGCAACAUUCUGGAGUGUUUUCUUGUCAGUCCUGGCAGAUCUUCACUAAACGCGCGUUUGAAACGAAGCCGAUAAUUUGAGGACGAAGUCCACAUGCUGAAACGUUGCGAGUGUUAAAACAUGUGAGUUGUGAUUAGAUGUAGUCACACGGAGGAAUGCUCUGAAGUGAUCGCAUGUGUUUGUGCCUUGCAGUAUAAUGGGGAGAAGCGAGAGACGAGCACUUCCCAGAAUAAACUGAGGGGGAAAAGAGCAGCGGAGAGGUGUGAACCGAAAGUGGACGUCGAGCGGCACAGAGACCUGAACUGAUUCCAGAGGUGAAUGUCUUUCAAAGGGCCCUCUCCAUGGAUAUAGACACAGACUAUGAGCGGCCCAAUGUGGAAACCAUUAAAUGUGUGGUGGUAGGGGAUAAUGCAGUAGGCAAGACCAGACUAAUCUGUGCCCGGGCCUGCAAUGCCACCCUCACACAAUAUCAGCUGCUUGCCACCCACGUGCCAACCGUCUGGGCCAUCGACCAGUACCGUGUAUGCCAAGAGGUGUUGGAGAGAUCUCGUGAUGUAGUGGAUGAGGUCAGUGUGUCCCUGAGGCUCUGGGACACAUUUGGGGAUCAUCACAAAGACAGACGAUUUGCCUAUGGCAGAUCUGACGUAGUGGUGCUUUGCUUCUCUCUGGCUAAUCCCAAUUCCCUGCGCCACGUACGCACCAUGUGGUUCCCAGAGAUCAAGCACUUUUGUCCCCGAACGCCCAUCAUUCUGGUUGGCUGCCAGCUGGAUCUGCGCUAUGCCGACCUUGAUGCAGUUAACCGUGCACGACGACCCCUGGCCAAACCCAUCAAGCCUACAGAUAUCCUUCCACCAGAGAGAGGCCAUGAGGUGGCAAAGGAACUUGGCAUUCCCUACUAUGAGACCAGCAUUGUUGCCCAGUUUGGCGUCAAAGAUGUUUUUGACAAUGCCAUCCGAGCUGCCCUCAUCUCCCGUCGUCACCUGCAGUUCUGGAAGUCCCACCUGAAAAAGGUCCAGAGGCCCCUUCUCCAGGCACCCUUCCUGCCUCCUCGCCCACCUCGCCCCAUAGUAGGCAUCCCAGACCCCCCUCCCACAGAGGGCGAGGGCCCUGAUUCCCUUUUCUGCCAGCCACUGUGUGCAGAUGUUCUUUUCCUUCUGCAGGGUGGCACCACUCGCGUCUUUGCACACAAAGUCUAUCUGGCUACUUCCUGCUCCAAGUUCUAUGACCUAUUCACCCUUGAUCUUGGUGGAUCAUGUAUGGGGCCACGGUGGGAGGAACAGGAAAACAAGGAAAACUUAGAGAGUGGGGAGGAAGAUGAGCAGAGCAGAAGAGGAGCCAAGGAGCAAGCUGGGCGCACUAAGAGCCUUGACAUUGAUAAGGACGGGGUUGAUGGAGGAGUGCGGGGCCUGAAUCGACCCCAGCUGCUCCAGCAGGGCUCUUUGAGGACUUCCCAGAGUGAUAAUGCACUCCCCUCUAGAGCACUGUACUCCCUGGGAUCACUAGGGACUGGUCGAGCUCUUUCAGGAUGGGGAAGAGGGUUCCUGAGUGUGUGUUUGGAGCAUGUUGAUGAUCCCAUGACCGGACGACCACGACUCAUGACAGUUGUAGCCAUGGAUGCACUUAUACAGGAAGAACCAUUCAAGGCGGUGCUUCAGUAUCUGUACACCGGCAAUCUGGACGAGGGCAGAGGGGAUCUGAUGCAGGUGGCCACUAUUGCAGAGCUACUUGAGGUGUUUGACCUGCGGAUGAUGGUGGCCAAUGUUCUCAACAGAGAGAGCUUCAUGAACCAGGAGAUCACCAAGGCUUUCCAUGUCCGCAGAGCCAAUCGUAUCAAGGAGUGUCUCAAUAAGGGGACCUUUGCUGAUGUGGUGUUCCGACUGGACGAUGGCUGCCUCCCGGCCCACAAGCCCCUGCUCAUCUCCAGCUGCAACUGGAUGGCUGCCAUGUUCCGUGGCUCUUUCAUGGAAAGCUACAUUGAGGAGGUUUCCAUUCCUAACACCACUACAGCCUGUAUGCACGGGGUGUUGGAGUUCCUGUACUGCGGUCUGCUGACACCCUGUCCUGGUCUGGAGCCCAUGGAACUAAUUAUUCUGGCCAACCGUCUUUGUUUGCCACGCCUUGUUGCCCUCACAGAACAGCACGCCGUGGAUGAGCUUCUCCAGUUGGCAGUGAAAGGAGGUGACAUCGAUGGACAGGUGUUGGCUUAUCUCGAGCUUGCACAGUUCCACAAUGCCAAACAACUGUCAACUUGGUGUCUCCAUCACAUCUGCACUAAUUAUAAUAGCAUCUGCCGCAAGUUUCCCAAAGACAUGAAGGUCAUGUCUCCAGAAAACCAGAAGCACUUUGAGAAGCAGCGCUGGCCUCCUGUGUGGUUCCUGAAGGAAGAGGACCGCUAUCUGCGGUCUCAGAAGGAGCGCGAGCGUGAGGAGGAGAUCUUACGCAAGCAACACACCAAACGGGGCUGGUGUUUCUGGAGACACCCGUCCUCCUCUCCGCACGUCUCCUAAAGGGUUUCCUCCACUGACUUCUUCAUCCUGACCUGGCUUAUCACACCCAGGAUAACUAACCCCCUUCUAAUGCAUAUAGAGGAGGAGGUCGGCUUUGAACCCUCUUUUAGUGGAGAAAUGACUCUCAGUGCUACUAUGCCUGAAUUACCGCAUGUUUGGGGGAUUGUAUGUGCCUCUUUAUAAUUGUGGGUGACUUCCUGAGUGCAUUUUGGUAUGCUUGUGUGACAAGCGUGGGCAUAGCUGAAAGGUAUGUGCGUGGAUGUGUGUCUGUAUGUGUGUGGUUAUGAUGAUUGAGAGAUGCUUCCAAGUUGAGUGCUUCCCAGAUGCCCUUAUCUAUAAGGGCCUGCAGCGUUGCAGUGCAGCCCCUUGUCCCAUCCACAAGAGCUCUGUCCCUCCACCAGCACUCACAGUGUCCCAGCCUUUGAGUGAUUGGACUGGGAGCAAGGGCUCUCUAUCUCUCUCAGUCUCCAUCCUUCACAUUGACCUUAAUGACUAUUACACAUUGACCACUGCAGCUCCUCUCAGGGAGCUUACCUCUGCCUUCACUUCUACGCAGACUGUUAGCGUGCACACACAGACCCGUGCAAAAGAUCCACCCCUCUAAAACCAGCACUGGAUUCCCAGGAACUGACACUUACAAUGUAAUUAUAAUUAUUUUGAUAUUAUUUGACCUUUUUAUAUAUAUAUAUUUUUUUUUUGCGCCUUCUAGGACACUCUUAUCAGGGGAAAUGGCGUGCAGUACUCCCAGGAAGUGUUAAGGACCUUGACUGCCAUUGCAACCACAAAGAUGGGACUGUUAUUGUAGAGCAACCUUAAAACCAUUAGCAAGUUAGUAUGCUUGAUCAUAGCUGUUAGCCUCCAGUCUAGUACUAAUGUGGUCCUUGGUGUCCAUCAUCCACUCUUGCACCUCCCACCCCCUCCUACACACCACGGGUGCAAAAAAGCAAAAUGAGUUGGAUUAACCAAGCUGCACUUCAGAGACAUUCAAAGUGACCACUCAAUAGCAAUGAUGGGGGUCAAGAGUGCUAGCCUUACUUGAGACCUCUACCAUGGAGAAAUGAUGGAUACAGUAUUAAACAAAUGAGCUUGUAGCGUCCAUGACCACCAGGUUGCGUUGAAGCACCUCAGUUAGCCUGCCUUUUACACUCCUACACCACUAGGGGCAGCACUGCUCAGGGCCCCGACACUAACCUUCACACUAACAGGACUUUUUAUGCCUGGAGUUUCUUCACUCUAGUUUCAAUUAUUAAGAUCAUCAGUACAACUUCAAUCCUUGCAAAGUGUUCAAAAGAAAGCUAAAGCACAGGCACAGUGUUAUUAGUGCAUUUAAAAACUACACCUGACUAUUGAUUUCCACCUAAUUCUGAAUACCAAAGCUGUGAUUCUUUUGAUCUCUAUCUUCCUCACUUUCUUCAUUUCUGCUUCCUUUAGUGGUGAGAUGGAGGAGAAAAGAGCAAGUGGCUUGUAGGAAAAGGAGGUAGUAUCAUAUAAAAAUUGAGUCCCUCCUCGUGGUGGUGUUUUGAGUCUGUGGUAUUAGGAGAAAAGUGUCACUGCUGGACAUUCCCUUCCAUUCCUCCUGCUGGAAUUGAAAAUGGUGCUUAAGACACAAUUAGACAGUGUCCACAUGAACACACAGACGCGUGCAAUUUAUUUUCACAGUUUAAGCUUCCGUCUAGUUGUUUAGUGUUUACCUGCGAUGAACGUGCAGAAAUUAAUGAUGGUAUUCAAAUUUGACACAAGCCUUUUUUAAACUUUAAAGUGGAAAUCCUUAAGAUUUCAGUCCUGGCUGAUUUUGCGACACAUGCGGUUUGAUACUACAAGUCACAUAAUUCUAGGGGCAAAACAUAUUAAUAAAAAAAUUAGGCAAUAAUUUGCGUUUUCCUACCCUUCUGUGAGCAACCAUGAUCAGAUUUUAUGCUGCACACAGCAUGAGUCUGCAAACAGCAAGGCACAGUCGAAAGAGUUGGUUAAUUUGCUGAGAGGUUAAAGGUAUGCAGACUGUCGCCUGCAGCUCCGAUCUGCUGUCAAAAAAUGACAAAAAUGCUGUACGCUGUCUUGUUUUGUGGACGCAUUGGUUGUGAACAAUAGCAGUAAGUGCUAAGCUCACUGACAAACACAUUGCAUUUCCUGUGACUACUUCAUAAUAAAAGUCAACUCAUGUUUGCCAGUAAAAUGCUGUUAAUAUGAAGCUGCAGCAGUAGGAAAUAUUUUGUUUGCAUUAACAGUAACUUCAUACAGCAUAUUUUCCAGGAAUCUUGCCACAAACACAAAUAUAUAAAUAUUGCAAUACUUUCAUCAUAGGCUCAAUCACCAUUGUGUUACCUCAUUUGGUGAAAGAUAGUGACUUAACAGACAUUUAUUUAAUACAGAUUUUUUGAGAUUGUUAUUUUAAUUUUGCUUCUCCAUAUGCUCCAUUAUGUAAGAAGUCAUAAUAGGUCACUUAUUUUAGAAUGUGUAGAUUUCAGAUUUUACAUAAAGUGGUUACAAUCUUGUAAUGUCCUGUUCUGCUAUUGUAUUUAAAAACGGUCUGAUCUGUUUCACUUUCUUGUUAACCAGGAAAGUAGUAUUACUUUGGAUUAAAUUUGCAAUUGUGAGUGUUGUCUCAAGUGACGGUCUGAUAUAUAACUGCAUAUGAGCGGAAAUAAGAUUUUCUUGUUAAGGGUGCUAAUUUCUUUGGGCUUUUAGGACAGAAUGUGAAAACGAGAGACUUUGUGGUGAUGAGUUUCUAUUAGCAAGUUGUUCUAUUUAUGGGUCUGAGCCCCUCAGCUUUACCACAGCAACUGUAGGAGUUACAUAGAUUGUGUGAGACAUGUGGUGCGUUCUGCCGUUCUACAUGGGAGGUGUGUUAAAGUCAUUGUCAGCUACCAAAAUAGAAGUCAGAUAGCAUCUCACGAGACCCAAGUGAGAACUGAGCUGAUUCCACUCUGAAAAGUAUAAAAGUGGAGUAAAAGUGAACAUGUCUCAGUCAGCAUUACAUGCAACCUACAUAUUUUGGAAUGACAUCAUAGAUAUUUAAACUCAUCCCAGUGAAGGGCUUUGGGAAUUUAGAAAUGAGACCUACAGAGGAACAAGUUCGAGGACAGGUUUUGAUGGACUUCUAUAGCCUCGUUUUAGUUCCCCAUAGAAGGGAUGGCUAUUAGAUUUGUCUUAUUAAUUGUUGGCAUGACCCAUUAAGCCUCUUCUCUUGGUCCGUGUGCCUUAUAGUUGGACAAAACAAAAAAGUAGUUUUACAAUUUUAACAUCUUAGUUGAAAACUGCAGACAGGCUCUGCAGUGGUUGACGUGAUGCAGUAGACAAUGGCUAUGAUAAUGUUUUCACUGCAAAAUGGGUUGUGGUUAUGGUGUUGCUUUAUGCACUCUCAACCAUUAUCCUUUGGCUUCUUGAAGAGAUUUUUGAGUCAAUUCGAGCCAUGCCUGUGGAGAAUCUUUAGGCCUACUGCUUGUUUUUAUGCAGAUAAAUUGCCUUGAAUUAAAGUCUUUAUAGAGUGUAGUACAGUUGGUCUAAUUAUAUGGCCUUUGAUUAGUAUGUUUUCUAGAUUGGUAGUUAUUUGGAUGUAAAAUGACUCACCGCUACCUCUCAACCACUGACAAGGUGGUUGAGAGGUAGUGAUAAAAAUGGGCAACAGGUUGAUUCCUGUAGUGUAACUUCGAAACCACUGAAGCAAAGCUUAUUGAUGAGCACUGACUGGCCUUUGUGCUGGCAGGAUGCAACCACUUUUGGAAUGUGGUUCAUUUGCAUGGUGGCCUAACUUUGUCAUUUAAAUGACACUUGGUGUUGGAAUGCACUUUUUUCUCUAUGACUAUCUCUUUUUGUGCUUAGAAUGAUAUGUUCCUUAUGUAAGAUUGUUUUUAAACCUGAUGAUUGUACCACAAUAUUUCCACUGAAGUCUUUCCAAUUUCUCCCCCAACGUGCUCAGAGAGGAGCUGAAAAACAUUGCUUGUCCAGCUUCUUUAAUAAGAUCUAGUUGGCACUGAACCCCAAAGUAGCUCUCUUCUUGCUAUGUGGCUUUAUGCACAACUCUACUAAAUUAGUUCAGUACAGCUUAACGUAGCAACAGUAAAUAUAAAACUUUAAAUAAUAUGCUGGGACAUUCUACAUACAUUUGCUUGAAAAAUGAAUGCAGUGGAUAUAUUGCUGCUGUGCAGUGUUAUUGCUUUUCCUUUUAUGCUGUUACUGUGGUUAAUACAAUAAAUCAAGCUUAUUCUUGUUGUUUUUUAAAGAUAUUGAGUAGGCCUACAUGUAUAAAACUGAAAAGCAUAAAAAGCUCAAUUUCAAUUGAACGUAUUGUAAUGCACAUAUUUUAAGAAUGUCCAAAAUGGCUGAAUGCCAAGUGUUAACGUUUGGGUUUAGCCUGCAUGUAAAGAGACAUGACAGAGGACUUGGGUAAAACAUGAUGCAUGUUUCUGAGGUUAGGUAUAGGCUUCUCUAUUUAUGGCAAAGUUUCUUUGGGGCUGGGACACUACCUGGGGUCACUUGAUAUGUAUAUGGAGUCAUAGGGAAAUUCUAAAAGUUAAAUUAAAAUGUAAAAUAAAUUAAAUACUGUAGGUUUGAAAUGUAUUUUACAAUUGCUGUAAUGUUAUUGGGAUAUUUGGAUACCUCCAGUUUACGGCAACUUAAGUACUCUCUAAUUGUUGGGGUGAAAAUUUACAAUUGUGGGAAAUAUGAAUGGUGACUCAGGUCAGAAAAGGUUGAGAAGCCCUGAUAUACAGAGAGGGAGAGAUGGAGAGAUGGAGAUGCAAAAUUUAGAACCUUGUUGGCUUCAUUCAGCCAUUAAUAUUUCCUCUCGUAUUGACCCCUACAGACCAAAGUUACAUCUAGUCAUAUUCUGAUGUUGGAUGUAGGGUUGUGGUAUUCAUUUGGAUUGUCUUGUUCUAUCACAUCCUUUUUACUGUCACAUUCUCCUCAUUUAUUUUAGGUAGGGGUUUUCUUCCUUCUUAGCCAGCCUAAGCUGUCUUUAUAAAUGUGAUGCCUAGUGACUGAGAGAACGCCUUGUUUUUAGUCUUUGUUGUCUCCUCUCCUGUGCCUUCAGUGAAAUCUCUUUUGGCUCUGUACAGGCUGACGGCACUGCACCUGCAGCCUUCUGGGCUCAGAAUAAAUAAAUAAGAAAUACACACAUGCGAGCACAUAACUAAAAGUAGGCAGCUUUCUUUAAUAUACAGGAUCUUAGCAUAGUUUCCUGCUGUUGUAAUAAUGAUCUCUUCCAAUGAUAAGAUAGAUCAGAGCUGUACAAGUUCAGUUUGUAAAAAGCUAAGCAAAAAAUAACUAAAAUUAUGAAAUGACCAAGAAACCAGCAAACCAGCAGUUUUAAAAUAAUAUUUUCCCACUCUUUCAGGUGCCUGCACUUUCUAUUAUGUAGCCUAAUACUUUUUUUGAUAAGUAUGCUAAGUAUUUAUACUAACAGUUUUGUUGAUCAAAAUUUAAUUAAUUAUUUAAUUAUCUUUCUUUCUAAGCCAAAUUCAAUAGUAUACCCUAUUGCUUCCACUAUAUAGCUGCAAUUAACUGUGUUGCAAUCAUACAUAAAGUCAGUGUAUUGGGGAACAACAUCUGUGAACUACUGGUUGGAAAUUACCUGUGACAACUAUAUGUAUUAUGCUUUAAUGAAGAUAGUUGUUAUCCAAAGUACAGUACAGUGUUGUAAAUUGAUAUGAGUCCCAACUGGAAUUAACCUCUCACCGUAUAACUGUUCACCACACUGUAUCUAUUUACUAAGCUAGUGUAUACUUAGGAUUGUAUGCACAGGGAGGUCCAGGACAGGGGGGGUGUUUAUAUAGACACACAUGGUGUGAGUAACCCCUGGUCUGUACUGUAAUUUUUUAGGUGGAUCAUAUAUACUGUAUAGUAUUGUUAUGCACUUUUGUUUCCAUUGACUCACGUGAGUUUUAUUUACAUUUACUGCUCAUGUUAUUGUGUGUAUUUCAAUAAAAAGGCAAAAGAAAGAGCACACCACACUCACAAACUAUUAAGGGCUUUCAAGCAAAUAUACAACAAUCAGAAUGUUUUGCUGCUGUGCAAACGAUGUUUUGAAACAAAAAAUUUGUAAUAUUUUUGAACCACUGUGAUUUGUACAAAAUUUCAAAAAACAAAAGUAGAAAAAAAGUUUUUUUUUUCCUUUUUUGCCAUUUGGAUGUUUGACAUGGAUUUUAUUAAAACUGGUAAUCUUUUGAA